UUUCAAAUUCGUCACUAUAGCAGAACCGCGAGGCUACGUCGCAUACGUGUGUGUCGUUUUCUGAAACAGGAAAACUUGGAAUUCUGUGCAAUAUCGUGUUUCGCAUGGUGAAAAUGUUCAUUUUGUUGUUGUGCGAGCCCGGAUCGUUUCGGUGAAGCUUGCGCGGGUGUCGUCGGCGACGGCGGUUUGUUAUCAAACAGCUCGCGGCGGCAUGGCGGCGGUGCUAGGCGAGCGGGUGGAGGCGCCCGGGUCCAUCGUGAAGGAGGGCUGGCUGCAGAAGCGCGGGGAGCACAUCCGCAACUGGCGCGACCGCUACUUCAUCCUCUUCGACAAUGGCGACCUGGUGGGCUUCAAGUCCCAGCCCGAGAGGAACAACUACAGGGAUCCCCUGAACAAGUUCACGGUGAAGGACUGCCAGAUCAUGGCGGUGGACAAGCCGCGGCCCUACAGCUUCAACAUCAGGGGCCUGCAGUGGACCUCUGUUAUUGAGAGGAACUUCGCUGUGGACACUGAGAAGGAACGCGACGAAUGGAUAGCGGCCAUCCGCUUCGUGUCCCAACAGCUGAGCGCGGGCGCGGCGGCGGCGGCGGGCACCAGCGCUCCCUCCACUGCCGGGCUGGAGGGUGACGAUGGAGAUAUUGCGCAGCUGGGGACCAGCUUCAGGGAUCCGAGGCGUAUUACGCUCGAAAAGUUCGAGUUCGUGAAAGUCCUGGGCAAAGGCACUUUCGGCAAAGUGGUGUUGUCCAGAGAGAAGGGCACCGGCAAGCUGUAUGCCAUGAAGAUAUUGAAGAAGAACCUCAUCAUACAGAAGGAUGAAGUGGACCACACGCUCACAGAGAACCAUGUGCUGAAGAAGACGAGGCAUCCGUUCCUUACUGCUCUCCGGUAUUCCUUCCAGACCGCCGACCGAGUGUGUUUCGUCAUGGAGUACGCCAACGGAGGUGAACUGUUCUUCCAUCUGUCCCGGGAACGGUCCUUCAGUGAGGACAGAACCAGAUUCUACGGAGCGGAGAUCGUGUCAGCACUGGGAUAUUUGCACUCGGAGGGCAUCAUCUACAGGGACUUGAAACUGGAGAAUCUGUUGCUGGACAAAGACGGCCAUAUUAAGAUCGCCGAUUUCGGGCUUUGUAAGGUGAACAUAACCUACGGCCGAACCACCAAAACCUUCUGCGGGACCCCCGAGUACCUCGCGCCCGAAGUCUUGGAGGACACGGACUACGGCCCCGCCGUGGACUGGUGGGGGGUGGGGGUGGUGCUGUACGAGAUGUGCUGCGGCCGGCUGCCCUUCUACAACCGCGACCACGAAGUGCUGUUCUCGCUGAUUGUGCAGGAGGAGGUCCGUUUCCCCCGCGCCCUGUCAGCGGCUGCCAGGGCUCUCCUAGCCGGCUUACUGACUAAAGACCCGGCGGCGCGACUCGGCGGCGGCCCCAACGAUGCCCGGGACAUCAUGGCGCAUCCCUUCUUCGCUAAUAUAAACUGGGCCGAUCUUGUUGCUAAGAAGAUCCCGCCCCCCUUCAAGCCGCAAGUAGAAUCCGAGACGGACACGCGGUACUUCGACACGGACUUCACGGGCGAGUCCGUGGAGCUCACGCCGCCCGAGGCCGACUCCGCGCUGCAGCGCAUACAGGAGGAGCAAUUCCCCCAGUUCAGCUACCAGGACAUAUGCUCGUCAGCACACUCGGCCCUCUCGCAUCUCUCUCACUCUCAACACGCUAUCGCGGGCGACCGUCGGCACUAGAGAGCGAGACGGCACGACGGAGACAAGGCGAGAGAGAGAGAGACGGAAGAUAGAGAACGGACGAAAAUGGGAAUGAGAACUGUGAGUACGUUGGUAGUGGCGUCUGUUUGAGGUUAGGUUUUUAGUGAUAAGUGUGAGGUGGUAUUGGUGCGUUGUUUCGCGUCCUCACAAAAGAACUGUCAUUUAAAUAUGUCCGUUGCUUUGGGACGACACGAUGCAAGACAGCGCAACGCACCAAUAGGGCCUCACCCUAAAAUGACGUCAUUUGAAUGAAUUUGAAAGAUCGUCAGUGUAACAACUAACUCUGAAUCGCAAAUAGAUGUCGGUACGCGGAUAUUUUUGUCGGUUUGUCACGAAAUACGGACUAAAGAGAUAGAGAAGGCACGAGUAGGGACACUGUUGGAGUGAAGGAGACAGUUGCGAGUGUAGGUUGCUGGACUGUUUCGUUUUAAUAGUGCCUUAAUGGUCGAUUUACUGGGGAAAAGCAAUCUGUGUAUCAUUUUGAUAUAACAGAUAUUAAGCUGAAGGGGUGAAUUGAACAAUAUUUUUACAGAAAACGGUAUAUUUUGUUUUUGCGACAGCGAUAAAAAUAUAUUGCCACCUUUUAAAUCCAGUUUUUUUUAAUGCGAAUGAAUGGUCCAAAACAAUAUUCGCCUACGCUCGUAACUCAAUUGUAUCAAAAUGCUGGAAAGACGUCCCAACUAUUCUCCACUCCGUUAUUGAUAUAUUAUACGCCUUAUUGACUGUGAGGUUAAAUCUAAGUGAAAUCAUCAGUCUAUUGUUAUCAAUAAUCAUUACGUACUAUGCUAGCUAAUGUAACGAUUGUUUUUGUAAGAAAACCAACGGUAGCCAAAAUAAUUAUUGUCUCUAAUUUGCUUUUAAAUUUUAAUAAAUUUUGAUUGUUUGAAAUAAGUAUUCUAUUAAUUGACAAAAAAUUACUGUAUAUUGUUCUUAAACAAUUAAAUUAUGAAUAGUUCAUAUUAAUAAUCAUAAUCUAUAACAACGGUUUCAAUUAAAUUAGUGUUAUUGAUUCAUCAUCACAACAAUUUGAAUGAACAAGAUAUUUACUCAUGGAAUCGGAUGAAAUCACGAAAUUCGCAAGAAAUUUUAAUCAUAAAUUAAUCUGCGUUGAUCAUGGAAGGCUGGUGAUCAGCGAAAGAAAGAAAAAAAUCAAGCGAAUUGUAUGAAACUAUUGAGAAAAACUAGGCCAAGGAUUUUCUGUCUGAACAGGCUCGAAGAAACGAUCUGUAUGUCGACUUAUAGAGCAUUACAUUUAAUUCGUACCAUCAUGCUAUCGAAUAAAAGAAUGAAAUAAAUUAUUGGUUUAAAUAAUUGAAGUGGAUGUUGCUAAAAUCUGUAAAAGUAAAUGAAAAAGACUUGUUACAAAUUAUUGUCAUACUGAAAAAAAACUAACAGAGAUAACAUGAUGGUACGAUGAUAAUAUCUUGCUCACAACUCCGUUAUACGAAAUGGUUCAAAUCAUACUCAUAUUGAGAGCGGCCAACACUUGGAAGCCAUUUUGUUUUUCUCUUUCUGUCCCUCUCUAAACGACUCGCGGGGAGAACUGUUUAUUUUUGUUGUGUUUAAAGUUAAGCGAGUACUAAAAUACUUUUUGUGUAUAGUUAAAAAGGUAUGGUAUGUUUUAUAUUAAUUUUGGUCCGACUACAAUGUAUAAGACUGUCAUAUAACUGCCGUUUACUAUGCAUUGCUGUGUAAAUUUGUUAGAAACGAUUACCUCUGAGCGUAGCAAGGUUUUUGCCUUUCUAAGUAAUGUGUCCGACUACAUAGGUCUGAGAAUCCUGCCCCUGCUACUUUAUUCAUCAAAGUUAAAAACCUCGCUGCAAAAUGGUAAAAUGAAUAAGUUAUGUAACUAACUACCUACCCACAAAACAUGGUUGCUAAUGUACAGUCGCCGCCAAAAAGCUUUGUGGAUAUUUUGAUUUUAUUAAAACUUUUGUCAUCGAUAUUACAGUAUGUCACGUGACUCAUAUAAAAAGCACUUACCAUAAACCGUUGCCGCGAAUAAAAAUCCCACAAAAUCACCUGAAAGAAACCGCCGAUACAAACUGAACGCAUUUAAAAUACCUCGCAUAAUGUUAUUUUUUCUUCUUAUCAGGUGAAGUCUUGUUGUUUCAGCAUGUGUUUUUAAUUUUGUCGUGUAACCUUUGUAAACUAACGACGUAGUAACGUUUUAUGUAAGUGCCAGUCACGUGACCAGUACGUCUAGUACAGGUUUUUAAAGUUUGCGUAAACAAAGAAAGUUUACGUUUUCUCACAUACAAAGUGGCGCCUCUAGCGGAAACUAUAAUCAAUCUUUUGACAGAUAAUGUAUGAAAGAAGAAAACGUAAACUUUAUUCAUUUACGCAAAGGUUUUCAUGGUUUGCGUAACUUAUGAAAAUUAUUUUUUGUGAGGUUAUUACAAGUAAAAACUACUUUGAAACUUGUUAAGACAAAAAAACCAAGACUUUUUAAAACCUGUACUAGAGGUACAGAAUCAACGGGCGACUGGUAGACGAUAUUCCUGUCACGUCACAAAAUAUGUAAUUACAAAUUUAAGUUUACAAAUUGUAUAACAUUGAUAUAAUUAUGCGUAUAAUGAGAAUAUCUACAAUCUGAUAUCGCCUUAGACACAAAAAGUUUAGAGACAUCAUUCAAAAAGUAUGUUUUAAACUGAGACAACUCAUUUUUCUUUUGACUCAUCUAGUGAAAUGAUUCCUUUAUUAAGUUCCUUAGUUCUUCUCUAUUUGUAAACUCUAGUUUUGUAUAACUAUUCUCAUUACCUCACUUUCUGUCUCCUAACGAGGUACCAGCUUCUAGUAUUCACCGGAAGGCAUUUUGUAAAUAAUCCUACAGAUGAAAUCAUAAAUCAGUUAUGUACAUAAAUAAAUUAAGAUAAUGCUUACCAGUCGCCCGACCUAUACUUAUACAUAUGCAAAUAAUACGAAUAGUGGUUACGAUUAAUGUUUAUUUUGUCAUUAGGCUGAUGGCACACUGGGUCUGCUUGUGCUCCCAGUGUGUGAGCAGCCUAAGGUCUAAUGGACCGUUAAAUGUGUAAGGUGAAAUAAGGAAGAAAGGCCGACGGUCUAUGUAAUUGUAUUUCCUUUUGUAUAUAUUAAAAAUAGGAUUAAAGAGA